AUGAGCGAUAGAGAUAUGAGAGGUUCAGGCUCCGCUGCGGCAACUUCGCAGAAAGGUGGAUAUAACGAGAGAGAUAUAAAUAUUAAUUCAAAUUUAUCAAAUACUACUAUUUUUGUUGUUCAUUUGCCGCAUAACAUCGAUCCAUCUACUCAGCCAAUAGUUAUUGGAAGUUGUGCAUCUUUGGGUGAAUGGAAAGAGCCAAAAGUACUACUUCAUCAAGUUAAAAAAACUUCACUUUGGUGCUCAAAUCCCGUACAAAUUCCUAUAUCCGAAGAUGUAUUUUACAAAUAUGCCAUGAUAGUUAAGAGUAUGUUUAAUCUUAAAACGUCGACCGAAUAUGAAGGUCAAAACCAGUCAACUAACCGUAAAGUGGUAUUCCGAAGACACCAAUUUGAUGUUUGGCAAAGUAAUAGUAAGUUUAGAAUCGACAGAGAAUAUCUUAGAAGAGAGUUCCUAUUUGUUGACUUUAUCUAUUCAAAAAUUAAUGGUAUUGAAAGUUUGAGAGAUUGGAUUAUGGAUUAUCAAUAUAUCAUGAAGGCUCACCAAGAUUAUACAAUUCACGCAACAAAUCUCAAAUUUAUAAAUAAGCUAUUGUUAGAUAGUACUAAGAAAGAACAACGAAUUUUCCUAUGUGUCCUUCUCGGACAUUUACAGUCACAUAAUCAUAUACUACCAAAUUCGUUGCCCGAAAGUUUUCAAUCUGCCAACAUCUUAGAAGAUCUUGCAAGCGUCGACUCAGAUUUUGUUCUUUCCGAUAUUAAGCACUUAGUAUUAGCUGCAAUUAGAAUUUUGGUUCAGCAUAAUUCUCAACAAGGCUCCACAACAUGGUAUAGGAUGUUUUCAUUUGCACCAAAACUUGAUCUAUCUUAUUCUUUCGUAGAUUCGGCAGAAAGCUAUGAUUUCAAAAAUAACUGCGACCAAUAUUAUUUGGCGCUAAGAGAAAAUGUAAAGCCUCACAUUAACGAAUUGAAUAGUCGUCCAGAUAUAUUUCAUAAAGUUAUGAAGCAACUAAUUAUCAUAACAUAUAAUUUGGAAAGCCUCAUAUUUUUGUGGAACGAGAUUAUUGGAUUGGAGAAAGUGAAUGACCCUUUGUAUAAAGUGAUAAAGAAAAAAAUAAAUGAACUCAUUAAAUCUGAUGAUCCUUCUCGAUUGAAGGAACACUUUGAUUUGUUUCCGAAUGAACUCCAAGAUAUAGUUGCACCAGAAUUUCGAAAUAAACUUAUAAUGAUUCUGUAUAAAAGAAACUUAAAAUGGCAAGACAAGAAUAUUAAUUCUUUUCAAGAACUUCUUCGAGAUGAUUUACUACAAUGGUCAUUAGAAGAAUAUGGGAAAGCACUUGAGGCCAUUGCAGAAUCAGAUCAAAUAUUAGUUUUAGAAACCUUUCCUGAUGUAAUGAAGUGCGUUUUAGAGCAAAAGAUUACUAAAAGAGAUGAAGCCAUUUUUGAAACUUCGAUAAAAUGGUUGGAAAAGAUAAUUUCUUAUAGGACUUCUAAAAUAGAUGCAAAUUCUACAAAUAACCAAGAUAAUAUUGCACACAUCAUUUUUUAUAAUCUUUCUUUAAUAUAUCCACUUUUCUUAAAGUACACGAAAUUUUGUAGCAAGUUAAAACUUGUUGCCGAUAAAUCUGCGAGCCCUUUAUCUGAUGAUGUUAUACUUUCUGUUGCAUCUUAUGUUGAGGAUUUUGAUAUUGAUGUUAUUGAACACUUUAGUACAUUUCUAAAGGCCAGAAUUGAACAUAAUAUUCAAGAACCCGAUAACCGUCUACAACAACAAUCUGAUAAGAAACAUUCAGAUCAGGAAUCUCAUAGGCGUUCAUCAAUUCAGUUCUCCGAAUUUUGGUCAACAAUUUUUCGAGCGAAAGAUCACACGGAAAAAAUACGUUCUCAUCCAUAUGUUCAAAGUGUGCGCGAUCACAUAGUUCGUCUUGCAAUAUCAGCCGCUAAUAGUACAAUCGUGAUAGGAUUACUUCAAGAAUUAUUCGAACACUCGGGAGAUAAUAAUGACAUCCUAAUAAAUUAUUUUAAUUCCGCAAUUGAAAAUCAGCAAGAAGAUACCAUUAAUCUUGUAAUUACUGAUGGAAUUCUCGAUGAUUUACGUCAGCAAUGUAAAAAGUAUCAGACAGUUUUUGCACGACUAACUAAAUUUUAUGAUCGAUUUUAUCCUUCUGACUUAAUAAAUAAUUAUCGUGAAUAUCGCGAUGAUCUAAUAAGCAGACAAAAUGAAAUUAAUAAGAUUACUCUUGAAGAAACAGUUGCUCAAGAUUAUUGGUCAAUUCAUUGUACAACAAUUGAAGUUAUGGAAGACUCAUAUAAAUUUAUUGAAUCAAAGACUUUUAGUAAUGUUUUCCAGACCGUGUUAAAAGGGGAAGAUCGGAUCUUGACUGUUGACAUUGUAACCACGGAAUUGAUCCAAAUGGCGAUCGAAAAAUUUAAUACUAUAUGUGCAGAUUAUAAUGAUUGGGAGAAUAUUAAAUGUUCCGAAGCAAGUAUGAUCUGGCAAAAUGUCGAUCCAAAUAAUGUCGAGUUCGAAGUUUCUUUUAUAGUUCCAAAUUGUAAUAGAUUCAUACAAACUUAUUCUACUCAUAAACGAUCGCAAGAAGAAAAAAAAUUGGUUUCCGCAGCGAAAUAUUUAAUUAGCAUGCGUUCGUUAAAACAAAAAUUGAUUAAUCUUAUAACAGUUCUAGACGCCUUGAAAAUACCAUAUAGUCAAAAACUUUGGGUUAAAAAAAUUUUUCAAUCUUUAGAAGAAGAAGAUCUAAAACUUAGCCAGCUGCAAAAAAUUAUUGAUGAACUGGGGAAAUAUAUUAAUAAAUUUAACUUAGAAAGAUGUUGGCCAAUAAUUAGGGAAAUGGCAGAUUCAAAAGAUUUUCUUAUCUUCCUACAGUCGCUUGUAGGUCAUGAUUUAAAGAACUUAAUUAAUGGAGUGGAUGAUCAUUCGGAUGAACGCUUAAUACAAGAAGAUACUGUUUCAACAUUCAUUCGAGUGAAACAAAUUUUGGAGCCUUUAGUAGCUAAGAGUGAAGACUCUGCUGAUCUAGCAGUAGACAAAUUCUUGAGGAAUCUUUUCAAUGUAAUUUCUAAGAAUCCAACACUCGAUGGCAAAGUGAGAUUAUGUAAUGCACAUGCUCAGGCAUUAAAAAAUAUGUAUGAGAAUAUUUCAAAUCGAGGUGAAGUGACAAAAGAAAAAAUUUAUUAUGCAGUAACCAAGGGAGUGUACACUUUUCAGAGAAUGGAUGAUGAUGAAUACAAGUGUACUGCUACUUUAUCUUAUCAAUCAAAUCAUGCGCGUGAUGAAAAUGCAUUAACAAAAUAUACCUUUAAUGAUUUACAAGACUUACGUGGACGUGCUCUUUUAAUUGCCAAAAGUCCCGUUAACGCAAAGACAUCAGAUGAUAGUAGUAAAAGUAGCGAAAUCUCUACUUUCCACAUGAAUGAGUUUGUUAUUCAAGUUGAUAUGGCACAACAGAUAAUUAACAUGUCUUCACAGCUUGUAGAGCUUGGCCAUUUCGACUACCGAGAUUUUAAAGUGUCGACAAACUCUACACAAGAAAGCACAGAAUUAUUACAAAGAUUGAAUGAACAUUUACAAGAAUGGAAGGGCAUAGUUAGUGAGGCACAGCAUGAAUAUUAUUAUUUGACUUUCUUUCUAGCUAGACAAAUUUUGGCCUUUUAUGAUUAUUUCACAUCAAAGACAAAUAAUGAAACUAAUAAAGAUAAAUGUGCAAUGCUUUUGCGAUUGGUCAAUGACGAAGCAGAGUUACCACCUAUAGUAGAUAAACAGAUUGACAGUACAGAUCAUCAUCUUGAUAUUCUUCGUGGAAUUGGAGAAAGGUUAAGUGAGAUAUUUAAUGAGGUUCCGGCGAAAAAACGCCAAAUAACGGCGGAUGUUGAACAAAUAAUGUCCGAUGUGGUUCAUCCAGGACAACUAUUUGUCGCUGCAUGUAAUGAUAAAUUUAGAGUACCCAAUAUUAUAAUGAGUUUAUAUGCUGUUAACUUAAAUAGAUGUUAUCCAGAAUCAUGGCAAUUACUAAUUUGUAAAGCAUCUACUACUGCAGAAGAGCUAUUAAUUUUCACUAAACGAUGUUUCUUUGCUGAAAAAAAUGGAUAUGGGGAUCAAUUGUUUUGUAUAGCCAAUGUAGAGAAUCUUGAUUUCGAAUUGCAAUAUCAAUUAGUAACACACAUACGUUCUCUUUCUCAACAAGAAAAGCAAUUUAACUUAGCUUUAAUAUGCUGUCGUGAACAUGGCAUGCAUCAUCAUAUACUUGAUCAAUUUUCAGAAUAUGUUCAUAUAACUAAUGGACUUAAUGCAGGUUCAAUGCGAAAUAUAUAUAAGGAAUUGUGCCCGAAUGUAUCCACUGUUUCUUCAGAUUUAUCUGGACAAGGAAAGACCGAAUGGAUUAAAGAAUGUAGUUUUAGAAAGAGUCUAAUUCCACGAAGUAUUCUAAUAAGUGAUGGUGUCACUUUUGAAAAACUUGUUAGAAAAUUAUCUGAAACUGAAAUCAAGGGUUUUGAAAGCUUGCAUCUUAAUAUUAUGCUGAUAGAUCAUCCUUACGAUGUGAAUAUGUUCCUAUUUGAACUGUUAACGUUUAGAGUGGUAUCAAAUGGAAUUAAUAUUGCAUUUAUCCCAUCAACAACAUUAGUAUUUAUAGAAGUUGCCUCCACCAUGAAUCAGUAUCUGUUAGAUUCAUUACCAAUUACUGGGUAUCUUGCAAAAGAACAUUUAACUUGGAACAUUAGAAACCUUGCAAUUUCUUACAAUUAUAAUAGUCCAAUACAAAUAGUUGCAAAAUACUUGGAUGCAUAUGAUCGAGAUGUAAUCAAUCAAGAAAAUAUUGAUUUUAUCAUACCUGAAGAUGGUGAGAUACCACCAAUGUCACAAAACCGUUGUCAAGAACUUUUUCAAAGAUAUUUUUUCAGGAUACAUACCCAGGAUGUUACUUCAUACCGUUUCCUUGAAAUAUUUAUCAAUGUUCUUGCGGAUCAACUAGUAAGAUUAUCAUCAAGUACAUUUUUCCGUGUAGAAACAUUACGUGAGAUGGUAGAAGAUAAAAGUAUUAGAAAAACUUUAUUAGAAACAUUAUUAGAUGUUUCAAUUGAUUUUGCAACUCGUUCUGUAGAAUCUAAAGCAGAGCAAUUAAAACAUUUACCAGAUGCAGAAAAAGCAAAUUUGGGAACAAUUAAGCAAUGGGAAGAUUCGAAUCAUUUAUUAGUAUUUUUCAUGUCACAAACGCCUGAUUCUAUUUGUGCUCUUUAUCGUGACAAAGAAAAGGUGCCAGAUGACGUGGUAAACUUGUUAAAAAGUCAAUAUGUUGGGAUUGCAAAUCAGGCCAAAGGGAAAGCAAUAGAUAUACUCGAUAAUUUUGAUGAGAUGCAUCCAGAUGAAAUUCUGAAAAAAUUAGAAUGUUUAGCACGUACAACCCUUGAUAAACGUGAAUACCCACCUUACGCACUCUCUACUGACAACCUUUUAAAAAUGGCGUUGAUUCUUUUGCGAGCUCGUGCCAACGUUCCUGUAGUAUGCUGUGGUGAGGCUGGAUGUGGAAAGACAAGUUUGAUUCAAUUUUUAUCGAUUGUCGUGAACGUUGAAUUUAGAGCUCUUAACUUGCACGCUGGUGUUAGAGAACAAGAAAUACUAGAUUUUAUGUCUGAAGCAGAAAAAAUUGCCGAAAAUGGUCAAGUCUGGUUAUUUUUUGAUGAAAUUAAUACUUGCAAUCAUAUCGGAUUGCUUGCCGAUCUUAUAGCACAUAGACAAAUUCAUGGUCAAACAAUUCAUCCUAAUAUAAGACUUUUCUCUGCAUGUAAUCCAUAUCGUUUACGACAAAAAGGUGAUACACAAGCAGGCCUUGCGGCAAAAAGAUAUGAAGAACAAAGUAAAUUAGCCUACCAAGUUCAUCCACUUCCUGAUCAAAUUAUUGACUAUGUUUGGGAUUAUGGUGUAUUAAAACCAUCCGAUGAAAAAAUUUAUAUCUAUAUAAUGGUUCAUAGGCAUUUAGAAAAACAAUCAAAUUUAUUCCCUGAAUUAUUAGCUGCUUCACAACAAUUUACACGAGAUCAUGAAGGAGUACAUAGCGUUAGUUUACGUGAUGUUAAACGUGCUAUAAUUCUUGUUAAAUACUUUUUCAACAGCUUAAAAAAUCGACCAAGACCUCAAAACCAAAGAUACCAGGAUUACCCUCCAAAAUAUGGACCGGAACCUAUGGUUCUGUCGUUUAUAUUAGCAUUAAGUCUUUGUUAUCAAGUUCGAAUUUAUGAUCAAGAAUUGCAUCUUUUUAAGAAAAUUAUUAAAGAGGAGCAAGAAAAUUAUAUGGCUAGAAUGACAAAACCGCCACAAACUGCAGAAAACGAAGCUCUGCUUGAAAAUGUGCUUACAAUGAUUGUUUCAAUAUUUACAAAGAUACCACUAUUUGUUGUUGGAGCACCAGGAGCAUCAAAAUCUUUAGCAAUUCGUUUGGUUAGUCAGAAUCUUCGUGGUGCCGAUUCUGAUGAUCCAUAUUUCAAAACAUUACCACAAGUUUAUGUUAUUCCCUACCAAGGUUCUUCAUCAUCUACUUCAGAUGGAAUUAUAAAAGUUUUCCAAAAAGCUGAAAACUAUCAAAAAACCAAUUCAAAAGAAUUUCCUUUAAAUACUGUUGUUUUGCUUGAUGAAGAUUUAGUUGAUACGGCAGAGAGAUUAUUUGAAAAGAAAAACUGGCUAGUCUGGGAUAAUAGAACAACUAAGCUUAAAUCUUUGGCAAGUUCUUAUUUAAGAUAUGAAAAAAAUCAAUCAAUUGAGAAUUUCCAUGGACUUCGUGAUUAUUAUUCCCUAAUUAAAAGUCUUAGCGAUGGAGAGGCAAAUCUAAAAGACAAAGAUGCAAGGCAUUUAAUGAUUAUUGGAAAAAGUGAUUCUAUCAUUAAUAUCUUGACAUAUAAAUUGAGACAAUGGAGUAAGGAGUUCUCAAAGAUGAAAGAUAAUACAGUUCAAGAGACUACAGCUUGGGAUUUAGAACCUGUAGUUAUUUAUGGAAGUCAAUUUCCUGAUGAUUUUGAUGGAGAUUAUCAAUAUGGUGUAUUAAGUCGCAUUAUGAAAAAAGUAUCACUUGCAGACCCUCCACUCUUAAAUCGAUUUGAAAAACAAAAUAUGUCAAUUAAUGAUACGUUAACUGAUGACAUGAAAGUAUUAGUAAAUGAACUUUCUAUAUGGGUUGAACAAAUAUCGAGUAUUAACGCAGAAGAUGGUAUGCUUAAAUCUAGAUUUAAUGAGCAUGACAUGUUUGUUGGAUUUGACAAAGAAGAAACAUUGCAGAGCUUGGUUAUUUACAAUAGUGGUAAUUCUGAAUCAGAAAAUAAAGAAAGCAUUUUGUCUAAGUGCAAAGAAUUGUUAGUAGGCAUUGCAACGUCAGAUGGUAUUGUAAGAUCAAAGAAAUCUAUAUUGGCACAUACAAAUAGUGGAGAAGUUCAAGAAUGGUAUAAUUUUUACUUCCAUCAAAAACACGAUGACCUUAACACAUAUAUUCAAUCAUUGCUAGAAAAUUACGAUAAAACUGAAAGUAGUGACAAUAUUGAAAAUGUUGAAAAUAAAAAGCAAGGCUUCCAAAUUAUAGUUAACACAUUUUCCAAUAUCAAUACUGAUAUUACUUCAUGUCUAGGCAAUAUUGACUGCCAGAUUGACAAGAUUUCAACAUUCAAAUCUGAAGCCCAACUACAAAAUAGAAUCAAACAUUUCUGGCUAGAGUCGGAUAAUGAAAUAUUAAUUCUACAGUGUGACCUAGCAACUGUUAAUUCUGGAUGCAUUAAACUUGCAAAAUUCAUUAUUGAACAAUAUAAACAUGAAUUUUUAUCUUUAAAUAAAACAUCAGAAAAUCCAAAACCGUUUAAACAUGUCUGUAUCAUUCUUCACAUGCGACGGGAAAACGAUGCACCUACUAUAUCAUCAUUCAAUUUCAUGUGUGGUUGGGAUUUAAUUACAAUCGAAACAUUGCCUCCUCAACAGCAUCCUCUACACGUUUAUUUGGAUGGAAGCUUAAUUGAUAUGCUUGAAACCACAUAUAAAUUCGAAGAAAUUAUUAAUCAAGAACUAUUUUGUCUUGUUCGAAAACCAAUUGCUAAAUUUCUUUGUGCUUUAGAAAUGGCAUCAGGUCUUUCAGUGCUUUUCAACAAUAAAUAUAUGGAUUGUGAUGAUUUAUACGAUGAUGAAUAUUAUUCAGAUAAAACUGCUUUACUCGAGUUCUGGAAAAAUGUUUGUAUGGAUCCUAAAAUUAUUAAUACAGAGAAUAUGCGGGAACCGCAGCCAGAUGUAUACCCUGUAAGAAAUAAAAAGCUUUAUGUGAAGUUUCCAUUUUCAAUAUACUUUAUGAGGCAGAUUGAUAAAUUCAAAAGAUUAUAUGAAGAAGAUUUAGCAAUGUUGGAAGAAGAUGAAGAAAAUAUAGAUACAGAAACAGGAGAACUCGGAACUUCUGUUGUUGAUGCUUGUAUAGAAAGAUUUUCUUCAAACAUUAUAUCUGCAAUUCCAAUAUUAAAAUCGCCACAAUUUUUUGAAAUAGCAGAACCGUAUUUCAAUGAUUUUGUGGAUUUUGUCUCACCAAUAUAUGGAAAUAAUCCUAAUGAUAACUGUGUAUUUUUAUCAUGGAUUAUUUCUCACCAUAUGGGUCAAAAAAUACCAAAUCCUAUUAAACUUCAUAUGUAUUGGUGGAAAAAUGCCGAAUUUGCACUAGCUGAAUUACAACUGUCACUGUUGUGUCCGAUAGUUAUAGAGGAAAUGCUUGACUUAGGAUUUGAUGAAAGCAGGGAAUUGAAUUUUGAAGAACACUUAUUAGACCAAAUUUCAAAGAUGAUGAUAGAAAAACUUUAUAAAUUUGAUAUUAACAAUGUUAAAAAUGAACUUUUAGCUUGGCAACAUGAUGUUGUAAAUAUAAUAUCAUUAUCGACAAAAUUGCCAAAUUCCUUUGAUAGUCCAGCAAUGCAUAGACUUCGAAUAUAUAAUGAUCUUUCAAAAUCUUUUGAUUUGCCUCAGCUUUUAGAACUUAAAGAACUUGAAGACGAAAAUGAAGUGAUUUCAGAACAAUUUAUAGAUAUGGUUUUUGAAAAGUUUAAUGAAUUACCAAAUACAGAAAAUAAUUUAUCACCAAGGCGAUAUUUUAUUCAUAGAUGCAUAAGCAUAUUGCCACUUGAGUCACCUAUUCGUCUUCACCUUUACAAAAAGAUCUUUUCUCAGGAACCUUUGCCUUUAACCUUCCCGACAAUUCAUCGAAUUUUCUUAACAGAACUCCAUGAACAAGAUGACUUAUUUAUUGGUCUAAUUAAUGAUCCACAUGAAGCUUUAGAAGGAUCUGAACGUUUGCAAGUCAUAGAAGAAGUCCUGAAUGAGAAACAUUUCGAUUCAGCAAUAUCAGCUUUAUGUUGUGAUGUUAUUCAAACACAAUUCUUUGAUGCUUACGGAAUAAAACGAUUAUCAAAACAUUUCAUGAAAGCAACAGAAAUCCUGAUUACCACUGAUGUCAAAUAUUUACAAAGAAUAUGUGCGAUCGCUUUUUUGAAAACAUUUGUAAAUAAAUUAUGGAAUUCUGCAUCAAUGGAAAAUUCUUUAACUAAUCCUAUAGAAUUCGAUUUUGAUGUUGAUGAUGACGACGACGAAGAACCUAUUUAUUAUAACCAAGAAUUCAAUAUUAAUGAUUUAAAUCAACGUUUGGAAUUAACACAACCUUUAAUCCAUUCAUUUGUGCUCUACUUGUUAAAAUCAUUACGAUUGAAAGGAUAUUCUACUGACGACAUUAGACGAUUUUGUGAAAUACAACAACAAGUCAUACCACAUCUUGGAGAAAUUCCAUGGGAUAAUAACGAUAAUCGACUUGGUUAUAAUCCGUAUUGGUGUUUGGAACAAUGUAAACAAGCUGAACAUGCCGCUACCAGAAUAAUAGUUCGUGGAGAUGACACACAUUUAAGAGAAUUAAUAAAAACACUAUUAAAUCCCAACGCAGAUGGGAUAAUAAACUAUCGAAUUUCAUUCGCAGGAAUGAUAAUAACAAGACUUUAUCUUAUUCAAGCAUCUCGUGAGUGGAAUCAAAGUGAAACAUUACUAGUAAAUCAUAUAACCAAAUUUUUGGACAAUAAACAAGAUAAAAAUCGUAUUCCUCCAAUUUAUAAACAAACAUUGACGAACUUUUUAAUGAAUAAACAAGAACUUUGCAGAAUUGGUCCUGAAGAUGAUAAUAGGAAGGUUUAUAUGGCUUCAGUGAUUGCGCAUGUAAUUGCGUUACAUAUUUCGGUUCCUCCCAAUUCAUCUCCAUUGGCUAUGUAUAUGCAAGCCUUACAAGAUUGUAAAAAUGAUUUUAUUUUGGGAUGUCCUUCGGACGAGCAAACAGUCGUAAUUAAUGCAGUAAUGAUGUCCAAUAUGGCUGACAAACGCUUGACAAGACCGGCGGCAGGAAAUUCACGUUUAGACAAUAUACCGUUGACCGAACCAAAAAACGCCAAUGAUCAACGAGGUUACAUUACAGAAACACCAAAUACAGAAAACUUUUAUAGUAUUAGAUUAAUGUCACCAGCGUCUUAUAGAAUUAUUCACCUUUUUACACACGCUAUCAUUGGAAUACAAGCACCAUCUCAAAAUGUCACCAGGUUUAUUAAAGGCAAUACAAACACAAAUAAUCUUGGUGAAAACGAUAUGGCCGAAUAUUGUGCAGCACAUAUUAAUCAUGAUUGGGAUGCAUUGAAAAUAAUUCUUGCCUGCGGUGAUGAGCAAUUAGCUUUACUUUUACAUGCGAUUAUUUCGGAAAUGACGCUACAGCCAUUACAAAGACAAGCAAAAUUAAAUACAUCAAACGAAAGAGAAACCUGGGAGUUGCAAUUUAGUCAAAAAUACGUUAUACCAUUAAUUAAAAAUGUUAUGGGAUCCGUGACAGAUUUUCGUAUGCAAUUAGAAACAAAUGCUGUAAAUGCUCAACCAAAAAUUGAAUCUGAAAUUAAUGAAAUGAUUUUACAUACUAGUCUUUCAUAUCGAAUAGAAAGACAGGAUGCAAGAUCAUUAACAUUCAGAAAAUUUAUUAAUGAUGAAAGUGAAAAUGAUGACACAGGCGAAACAGGUAGAUCAUUAAAAAAUGCGUUCAAACUUUUUGCGACAGCCUGGAAUAAAUUGAUUCCACACGUUAAAAGAUAUCAGUGUUUAGAACUACCAUAUGAUAUGCCAGAAAUGAAUGAGGAUAGACAUGUUGUUUUAGGGUUUUACGAAGAAGCAAAUGAAGGCUUGUUCUUAUGUGGUGCCAUAGACUUCUUAGUCCAAUUACAAAAUGAUUUCCUUAAAGAAGUCAUUGAAAUUCCCUCAGCAACAUGCCAAUCUCUAAAAUUCCUUGAACAAACAGUGAUUCAAACGAAUAAAAAAGGAAAACACACAACUCCUCCUAUGUACCAAUUACAAUCUAUUUCUCUUGAGAAAAUAAGGCCAGUACACAUAGUAUCAUACGAGUAUGAUUCAAAUAUUUUCGGACAUAGUCAGUUUGAUCUGAGAAUUGGGCAUGGACGUGAAAUUCAAUAUGAUUUAAGUAAAAUUGAAGCAGAACUAGCUUUUGAAUUAGUUCAUGAUAAAGCAUUUAUUGUAACUAAUGAGCAAAAAUCUUAUAUGGAAUCUUUUGUAUAUCAUAAAGAAAUUUUCCAAGGAUCUAUGACAUUAUUGAGCGAAAUCAAAGAAUUAAUAAAUCAGGAAACAAUUCCUGAUGAUAAGAAAGCUUUAUUUGCAGGAACUUAUUCAUCAAUUAAUAGGUCAUUUGUUAAAGGAGAUUAUGGAGAAGGUAGUGCUUUUGCAUCAACAUUUGCAUUUGAAAAUCCAAAAGAUUUGCUUUCAACUUUGGAAAUGAUACUUUGCUUCAUUAAACGCGCUUCCGGAGGUGAUGGUAAUACAUUAAUCACUGAUUAUAUAGAAAAUUGGAUGAAAUUAACAGUGCUAAAAGAAAGCAAUAGUAGUUAUAGAUUAUUAUCAAGAGCUGGUUUACAACUUAAACAUAUAGUAGCAUUAUAUGAAUUGGUAGAAGAACAUGUUGCAGAUGUGGUUGCUACUUGCAUUCAUCAUAAAUAUAAAGCCAAACUUGAAGAUUCAUUAAAACGAGAGAUUUCAAAAGCAAUCGGGUUUGAAACAUCAAAACAAGAACAAGCAAAUGAUGUCAAGUCAUGUAUUCCAGCUGGAGUUUUUGCUAUUGCGCUAAAAAGAUUCAUUGUAAGAUAUUUGACUACUAGUGAAAAUAUAAACGAAUCCGUGAAUCUUGCGGAUUAUAUGGUUGAAGAUGAAGGAUUAGAAUGUUGGCCCGAUUGGGCAGAUAAAAAAGUUAUUAAGAAUAAAUUUCCUCUAUCAUUAUUGGUUUCGCAUACUUUUGAGACAUAUCAGUAUACUAAGUUAAUUAUAGAG